GCAGGACGGAGGGUUCAAUAAAGUACAUCAGCUUGCUCAGCAUAGGCCCAAAGUAAGUGAUUAUUGUCCGGUCUGCUGUCCGCUCGUGCCCACGCAAUGCGUACGCAUGUUCUGAUGCUUCGCGGAUUGCACCGCGCGUGGUCGUGGUCGCCCACGUUAUCAAAUAUAUCCUCAGGCUGGCACCUCACAACUUCUUCGCAACCUACCCCGAAUCUGUCCCGCUCGCCCUGUACACAACACAUGCGUACGCUCCUCGCCCGUCCCGUGCGCAGCGCGACCGGCGUACCGGGGCUACCGCAGAUACGAACGCUUGCCGGUCCCGCGACAGCUGGUGUAUUGGGCAGUGCGAGACGCGGAGGUCAGGACGAAAGUGGGAGCAUGAACGCGUGCAUCUGCAGUACGAUGGGAGGUGGAUCACCACCCAAGUCUACUUGAUAUGUGGCUGCUCGGCCACGCCUACGUCUCGUCAAGGGCCGGUUGUUGGCAAUGACAUGUGCGGUGCUUACUUAGUAUUCCAUACGACAAAUGAUUAGAACACG